UGUGGGGACACGACUUCUCUCUCGGUUGUCAGGGAUGUCUGCGUGCUUCAGAAAAACCAUCAUCUCCCGCAUGUCCCAUGUUAGGUUCAUCCUGAUGCUGUGCAAGACUGGUGUGAAAGGAAAAUCACAGACUUCACCGAGGAAAAUGAUAAACACUGCUGUGAGUGAGGAGGAAAAGAGAAUUCAAGACAAGGAAAGUAAAGAGGAAUCCAUUCUGGCCAUGCUGGGGAUUAUCGGGACUAUCCUCAAUCUAAUCGUCAUCAUCUUUGUGUACAUCUACACAACCCUGUAACAGUCACAACACAAACACUUAGAGAUCUCUGAACUUCGCUAUGACUGGUGGAGAGAUUUCAGGAUGGAUAAACCGGGCCGGUCCAGCGGGAGAGCACAGAGACGCGUGUGCGUUCACUCAUCGAUCCGGACACUGCUGGAAACACAGAGGAGGUUCAUAAACUGUACAUAUGCAUGAUCAACGCACACAAGAUCAGGAGGGUUUCUCUAUGCAUGAUGCAGAUCUUGAAGAGGUGACGUUUCUUACAGACUCUACAAGAGAUCUUCCGACAACUGCACCCGUCAGAAUUUCAAACGUACACAUCUCUUUUCCUCACAAUAUUAUUAGACCUGAGCAUUGAUUCAGACCUUGAUAGAUAUUUCUCAUUAAUGAGACCCAAAAAACAAAUUCUGUCAUCAUUUAUUCCACAAAAUAUGUUUGUGACUCUUUCUUCAGUAGAACACAUAAGAAGAUAUUUUGAGAAAUGUCUCGGUGGUUUUGUGUUCAUACAAUGUAAGUCGAUGAGGUUCAAUGUUGUCUAAUGGCCUAGUUGCACAAGAUAGCACCGGUGAGCUUUUGCGACGCCAGAGUCGGCAGACAUUACACUAUCGAGUUGUUUUGGCUUAACGAAGUGCUCAGCAAUGUAAAGAGGAUCUGUCAUAUCGCUGAUAUAUACAGUAUAUAACUUUCUUCUUUUUUAUCUAAAAAACACCAAUAAAUCCUCCUUUUCCCAUACAGUGUUAUACGACCGGAAAUUACUCUGCCGACUCUGGCGUCUCAAAAGUUCACAGGCACCAUCUUGUGCAACUAGCGAAUUUGAACGUUCUUGUGUUCCGAAGGAAAAAGAAACUCAUACAGAUUUGGAAUGACAUGAGAAUGAGUAAAAGAUUACAUACUUUUAAUUUUAGAGUGAACUGUCCCUUUAAUAGUGCCACAAGGAACUUUUACAUAAAUCUGAGAGUUUAAUACAUCUUUGAGAACAGUGUUGGGUAAGUUACUCUGAAAAAAUAACGAAUUACUAGUUACUAGUUACAUAUUCAAUAGUGUAAUUAGAUUACUGUACAAAUGACUCUCUCCAAAAAGUAUUUAAUGACUUUUUACUAAUUACUUUCUAUAUCCUACAUCAACUUUGAUUAGUUAAGUGAUUCAAGGAUAGACAUGAAACGACUCUUUUAAUUCAUUCAAAUAAAUAAUAUUAAACUACAUAAAGUACUCUUAUUAACUGACCAAAGUAUUACAAAUGUGAGAAUUAUACAUUAAAGCACAGAUUUUAAAGUUAGACUUUGAAUUUUGAUGUCAAUUCCACUAUUGCACACACAUACUGUAUAUUACACACAGUAUUUAGUUCAAUUACAUCAGAAGUAACUGUAAUUAAAUUACAGAAAAACCAAUAGUAAUCCCUUACUUUACCUUUUCAAGGGAAAAGUAAUUAAAUUACAGUAACUAAUUACUUAAGCCUGAAAUACACUACCUGACUUUUAUGCAGAUUUUUGCCCAGAUUUCCAGUCUGGGUAAGUCGUCAGUUGUUGCAGAAUGCCUGCCGAUUUUGGCCAGUCGGCGCAGACUUUCUCAGAAAGUUGUGUAGUUGAUGAUGGGUAUAUGGGUAUGUUUUAGGGAUGGGCGAUAUGGCCCUAAAACUCUAUCAUGAUAAUUCCUGGUAUUUGUUGCGAUAACUAUAAAAAUGACGAUAUAUCCAUAACGCCAUCCACCGCUGUUGUUUGCGUCAAGUGAUAGUAUCUGCAUGUAGUCUAGACCCUCAGAAAAACAAAUAUCAUCAAAAAGUAAAACUUACCCCAAAUCAAACAGCUCCUAAAAUAUACCUACAGUAUUUUUGUAAAUAUAAAAUAUAAUAGUGAGAUUCGACUUCAAAAGGUUGUAGUAAAGAAAAGUUAAAUGAACUAAAGCUCAAUAAACACAUCAUGUCAUACCUAAAACUGUAUAUAUUCUAUUGUUGGGUGGAAACAAUCGAUCAUCACGCUGUCAAUCACUCUCUCUUGAACUGUGUGAACCUUCUCUUCUCACAGCAACAUACACUGAAUCUGUCUAUGACUCGCGCUACAGAAAGAGAACAGAGAGAAAUAACGUAAUACAAACUCGCAUGUGUACUGUAUGUGAACAGGCAGCAGUGCUGUGCGCGCUGUGUCGCUGUGAGAGCACAUGUGGCGCGAGCUGCGCACGGGACGCUCCGUUCAUCCUGUAUAUAACAGGCAAGAAAUCAUACUUAACUAUUUGCGCACGCGCACAUAACAUCUAACGAAUGUUUAAAUAAAUACUUUUAGACAAACUAAAUGUUGUGGUGUAACGUAUUAUGACUAUCAACGAAUACUUAAACGAAUUAAAUAAAACGAAAGUGAAACUAAACGUGAACUCGGAUGCAUCUACAGUGCCAACCUAAACGAGAUUUAGAGCUUUAGUGCAAACUCUUUCUCAGCUUCACGUCCGCCCUCCGCUAUACCCGUUUUCACUUCACAUAUGAGCUGUGAAUGGGUCUCACAAAGAAAUACGUCAUCAACUAGAAUUUAUCGUUUAUAUCGCGGGAAGACUAAUUCCUAUCGUGUGGGGAAUUUCUAUCGGUAUAUCGCAAACGAUAUAAUAUCGCCCAUCCCUAGUAUGUUUGAUAUUUUGGGCCGAUUUUACAACACAUACCGCGUGUAUCUACACAGUACCACAGUUAAACGUGCCUCAGAGACGUCACUCUGUAUGUGCGGCGUGAGAAAUCACAGGAUGUGAGCGGUUACGCGUGUUGCCAGAUUUGACCAAAAAAAAGCAACGGAAAACAAAAACCUUGUAUAAAAGGAACAAAUGUAAAUGCUUUAUAUUGACAAAAGAUUUUAAAAUACCUAUUCCCGCAAUUGCCCACUUUUAUAUCUAUAUAAACCUAAUCGCUUUACAAACCCAGCCUAAAUCAUCCUCCCAAAAAAGCCUUAACCAUUUACAAAGUCGGCAAGUGUGUGAUGCCUAGUUUUUAAAAGUCGUGUAGUGUAUUCCAGCCAUUAGUAACUAGUUACACCCAACACUGUUUGAGAAGUACAUUCAUCAUUUAUAUUGUUUGUGUAUCAUUCUGUGUCAUGUUGUAAAACUGAGUAGAUGUGAGAUUUAGAACAAGUUUCAAGUGUUUAUUUGUGCAAUAUAUUUACCUUCUAUCGAUAACGUUUGUUUAGCACUUUAGCGUUUAUCGAUUGUGCAUCUUAAAGUUUAGGACUGAGGGGUUGAAGGUUUUUCUAACCUUUGAAGUUCUACGUGUAAAAUAUACUGCUACUUCUCGAUGUUUCACUUGGAGCUCUUAGAAAACAGACUGACACCGUUGACGUUUAGCAUACAAACAAGCUGCAUUGCCUUAAGAGACGUCAAAUACAUUUUGCUACAUUGAAAGUAAACACAAAGUCCACAAAACAACACAAAGAGUUUCAACGAUUUGUACUUUUGUUAUUUUCCUAAAGUCACUUGUACUAAUGUUGAUAAAAGCACAAAAGCUGCAAGGAUGUUUGCAGAAGAAAUGAAUGUACAUCAUGUCAACAGAUUAAUGACAUCCAGCAGUCAAUGCAUAAAGUGCCUGUUUUCUGCUAAAUAAUCUUACGCUACAUAUAAUCAAACUGUUUGUUUGUUUUUGUUUGUUUCUCUGUUGCAGUUUAUGCAUUGAUUUCUGACCAUCACGCGAUGAGAAUGUAUUUUAAAAAGUUAUGGACAUUUCAUGUCUUUCUGUUGAACAGAUUCAGUUAAACUGCUUGUGGGAAUCAUGUCAAAUCCUAAUAUUGACUUUGAUCUGGUUGACUUUCAUUCAGGUUUUACAUUUAUUUCUAUGUUUGUGGACAGAAUGAUAAACAUCACAUGAAUCCUCCUUUGAACUAAAACUCUUUUUUUAUGUAUUUGAUCAUGUAAUAUUGGUAGCUUUUUAUGUGCACACCACAAACCAGCCGUGUACAUUCACACCAAUGUUACUAUAAAGUUUGAACAACUGUUCUUUCAAAUGUAAAAGAAUGAGGGAUCCACAUCUUAAUUAUAACAAUACAGAAAAAAAAACAAAUUGAGUUUCACAGUAAAC